AUUACGCAAUGACGGAAUCUCCUUUCGCAUUUAUUGACGGCUUGUAAAGAAAAAAAUGUUUUGUAUUUGUUUAUAUUAUAUAUUCUAAAUUUUAUCGGGUACAGAUAUUUACUUAUCAAUCUAAAAAAAUUGCAUUUAUUUCAUUUCUUUUUUAAGUGCAUUACCGAAAAUGCAUCUUUUACGUAGAUUAUGGAGAGGGAUUUAUUAGUCAGAUGGACAAAAAAUGGUCGCCAUUCUGUGCAAAAUACAAACCACAGUACUUUUUAUACAUUAAACAACAGUGAUACUUCUGUUCAGACUGGUAAUAAAGACAAUAGAGAAACUUGUUAUAAAAAAUUUUCUCUUUCUGGAAGUAGUGACGAGGAAAUGAUAGAUAUAACUGCUGGUGGAGAAAAUAUGGAGAGUCACUUUGAGCAAGCUCAUGGAGCACAUGGUGAACCUGUGCAAGUGAAAUUUAUAGCAAUGCCAGACCUUCCUGAAAGUAGUAGCGAUUCUGAUAAUGAGUAUUCUAAACUUCAAGGCUCUGGUGGCUCCCAAGAUAUGGAUGAGUUGCCACCUGGAAUUGGUCAAUAUGAUGAUUUCCACACCAUUGACUGGCAGCGAGAUAUUGCGAGAGAUCGAAUGCGGCAUCGGUAUAUUGUGAAAAAACGAGGAGAUUCCAUCUGCGAUUUAAUAAGAGGAUUUCACGAUGCAUGGUCUGGAUGGCUUUGUGUUCUUCUGGCUGGCUUGGCUGCUGGUGUUGUUUCUGGCAUAAUCGACAUAGGUGCUGGUUGGAUGAAAGACUUAAAAGAAGGCAUUUGCCCUCAAGCAUUUUGGUUAAACAGAGAGCAGUGUUGUUGGUCUUCAAAUGAUACAUUUUAUGAAGGUGAUAAAUGUGCACAGUGGCAUACAUGGCCUGAGGAAUUUGGUUAUACCAGCAUUAACUUUGGAUCGACAGUUAUUGAAUUCAUUAUGUAUGUGUUAUGGAGUUUGCUGUUUGCAUCUCUUGCAGUUUUAUUAGUGAAAACAUUUGCUCCUUAUGCCUGUGGAUCGGGAAUACCAGAGAUUAAAACUAUUUUAAGUGGAUUUAUAAUACGCGGUUAUCUUGGGAAAUGGACUCUUACUAUCAAGUCUGUAUGUAUGAUGCUUGCCGUCGCUGCUGGUCUCAGCUUGGGCAAAGAAGGCCCAUUGGUUCAUGUAGCCUGUUGUAUUGGAAACAUCUUUUCUUACCUUUUUCCAAAAUAUGGAAAAAAUGAAGCAAAAAAGAGAGAGAUACUCUCAGCUGCAUCAGCUGCUGGUGUUUCUGUUGCUUUUGGCGCUCCUAUCGGUGGUGUUCUGUUCAGCUUAGAGGAAGUUAGCUAUUAUUUCCCUCUAAAAACGUUGUGGCGAUCUUUCUUUUGUGCAUUGGUAGCAGCAUUUGUCUUGCGAUCAAUUAACCCUUUUGGAAAUGAUCACUUAGUUAUGUUUUAUGUUGAGAAAACUCGACCAUGGAUCUUCUUUGAACUUAUUCCUUUUGUUCUCUUGGGCAUUUUGGGGGGUGUAGUUGGAUCAAUUUUCAUCAAAGGCAAUAUACGUUGGUGCAAAUUUCGAAAAGAAUCAAAACUUGGCCAAUAUCCUAUUUCUGAGGUGCUUUUGAUAACUCUUAUCAGUGCUGUAAUAAACUUCCCAAAUGAGUACACCCGUAUGAAUACAAGCGAUCUGAUAAAAUUACUAUUUAGCCAGUGUGGCAUAGCUAAUGUGUCUCCUCUUUGUGAUUAUAACCGCAAUUUCACGAAAGUGAAUAGUCCUGUAGAGAUGGCAGAAGCAAACAGUGGUGUUUAUGACUCUUUGGCAAAAUUGUCCCUGGCACUGGUUUUUAAGCUUGUUAUCACUAUUUUUACUUUUGGAAUAAAACUUCCUGCUGGCUUGUUCAUCCCCAGUAUGGCUAUGGGAGCCAUCAUGGGAAGAAUGGUUGGAAUUGGGAUGGAACAAAUAGCUAUGUCGUACAGCCAUUUACGGAUUUUUCAAAAAGCUUGUCCAGAGGGAGAAAGUUGUAUGACACCUGGAUUGUAUGCGAUGGUUGGUGCAGCUGCUUGUCUUGCUGGAGUUACUAGAAUGACCGUGUCCUUAGUAGUUAUCAUGUUUGAACUGACUGGCAGUGUUAACUAUAUCGUUCCUCUUAUGGCUGCUGUAAUGGCUAGUAAAUGGGUUGGAGAUGCUCUUGGAAAGGAAGGAAUAUAUGACGCUCAUAUCCAUUUGAAUGGGUAUCCGUUCUUGGAUAGUAAAGAAGAAUUUACCCACACUACAUUGGCUGCUGAUGUGAUGCGCCCCAAAAGAAAUGAAGGACCGCUCUGUGUCAUAACCCAGGACAGUAUGACUGUUGAAAAUAUAGAAACUCUUUUAAGCACCACUGAUCAUAAUGGAUUUCCUGUUGUGGUAUCGACUGAAUCGCAGUAUUUAGUCGGGUUUGUUCUUAGAAGAGAUCUCAGUCUUGCUAUUGCAAAUGCCAAACGUACUCAAGAAGGUGUAGUUCGAAACUCGAGAGUUAUUUUUACAAGCCAUAUACCUACACCUUGGCAAGGACCUCCACCUAUCAAACUUCGGAAGAUUUUGGAUUUGGCUCCUAUAACAAUAACUGAUCAGACGCCAAUGGAAACUGUGAUUGAUAUGUUUCGUAAAUUGGGCCUUAGACAGACAUUAGUCAUACAUAACGGCCGUUUACUUGGAAUAAUCACCAAAAAGGAUGUGCUUAGACACAUUAAGCAACUGGCUAAUCAAGAUCCUGAAUCCGUGUUGUUCAACUGAUUUAUUUCAAUGAAGCAUUUUAUUGUACAAAUCAUGAAUUUUGUUUUCUCUCCCCAGCUUUCAAAAAGUAACUGUGCAUGUUGUUGGAAGUAAUGCAGUCAUGUGUAGUUGCUAAAUAUUAUCUGUGCCUCGUGCACUGUAAUCGCCGCAUGUCAAUAUAUAUUUUAAAAAUGACCUGUUAUUACCUAUCUACUCAUUAAUCGAUAAACUGUACAUCGAACAUCAAAUUAAUAUUUGUGUACAUGCUAAAUUUAAAUUCCAGUAUUUCUAUCCUUUGCUCAAGUUAAACCUUUAAGUUGUACUAGUCUGGAUAUUGUGUGUGAAGAGAAUUUUCUCCCUCACAAUCGUAAUUUAUUUAUUGCAUCCUCAAUUUGUAUGAUUAGUUAGUUGCCCAAUGUUUCUAGUAAUCGCUGAAUGCAUGUCCACUGUAAAAAAAUCAUUUGUCCUUGUAUAUAUUAAAGUGUAUUAGUUUAACAAAAACUUUACAUUUAUUGUAGAUCUUGUCAUAUUAUUCUGUUAAUCAUUGGAUAUUACAUGUAAGUUAUGUGCUAAUGCAUAAAAACUUUAUAUCAUUAAAAUAAUUUUAUUUAUCA